UCCGGUGGCAAAACAAACAGACAAAGUUCGAGAAGAUAAUGUGAAAAUAUACAUCAUUUCAGGUAAUCCGUGUUUCUGCAGUUCUACAUGGGGCCGACGUCACAGUGAGAUUGCGCUGACCUUUGAGCUCACUCUUCCACGAUGGAAGCGUUCCUGAGGAAUCAGAUCCUUAAUGUGUGUCGUGUGCGGCAUCAUCAACGCCUUCGCGAUGCUCAUCUACCAGACAUACGAAGACAGCCACGAUAUGAUCGCCUUGGAGUGGAGGGGGAGAUAAUAAGUUUCAUGCCCAAUGAUGGCAACAAAGUGGGUUUGUACAUCGCAGCCUGUCCCAUCUCACCUGAGGACAACUACUUCGAGAUAGAAAUCAUUGACACAGGCUUGUUUGGAAAUAUAGGUGUGGGUCUGGUGCCGUGUCGCUACACGCUGGAUGCUCAGCCCGGCUGGAAGCCAUUCUCCGUGGGCUAUCAUGCUGAUGAUGGCAAAUUAUACAAGGCAUGUGGCUUUGGGAAGGCGUUUGGCCCCAAGUGCCACGUGGGCGACCGCAUUGGCUGUGGCAUCAAGUACAGCAUCAGCGACAUAGAGUCAGGGAGUCCACUCACCGCCAAGGUGUUCUUCACACGCAAUGGGAAGGAGCUGGGCACAGUGUCGGUGCCCGUACCCCCAGGGGGCUUAUACCCAGCCAUAGGGCUGCACUCGGAGGGGGAGGAGGUCAAGUUGACGCUGGACUCGGAGUGGACGUCAGAGGAGUGCAUGUUGAUGGCAGUGGACAGCGGGGAGGAGGAGUGGACGCGCCUACACGACAUCAAGUUGAAUGGCACGAUCCUGGAGUAUGGUGGUCGGGGGAAGAGCAUCCAUGACGUUGGGCUGGCCCAGGCGAGAUGUCCACUUGACACCACCUUCCACUACUUUGAGCUGGAGAUCGUAGACCCAGGGGAGAACUGCUACAUUGCUAUUGGGGUGGCCAGGAGGAACUAUCCACGUCAUCGACAUCCAGGCUGGAACCGUGGAUCUAUAGCAUACCAUGCAGAUGAUGGGAAAAUCUUCGUUGGAUCUGGAAUUGGAGAUCCAUUUGGCCCAAGAUGCCACAAAGGUGACAUUAUGGGCUGUGGAAUCUACUUCCCCAACGACUAUGACAGUGAGGCAGACAGUGACCUUUCACCAGAAGAUCCAGAGGAUGAUGUGUCUCUUGAGAAUGACGAGUUGUCCUCAGACUCGGAGGAAGAGGAGGAGGAGGGCUGGGCCCGCCACCCAGAGGAUGUGGGGACUAAAGUUCAGGUUUUCUUCACAAGGAAUGGCAAGAUGGUUGGAAAGAGGCAGGUGGCAAUACCACGAGGGGGGUUCUACCCAACAAUAGGAAUGCUGAGUAGCUGUGAGAAAGUGCGGGUUGACCUUCGACCUCUCACCGGUUGACCUUCACCUAACAUAGAUGUACAAAGUAUGCGAGAUUUGAUGGUUGUUUGGAAGCCAAUGUUGUGAAAAAAUCUGGUUUUCCUGUGGUUUAUCUUUGGUUAACCAAGAUUAAGUAAUUUGCAGGGGUGAUGCAUAUCAGUGUGAAUGUCUUUCUGGUGACAUCAGUCAAACCUAGAUAGGGUCAGCACAAAGCUGAUGUUGUCAUUACAUUGACCUGUGUCUGCUGCAAUACUGAUGGUGUCUGCUGCUACACUUACCUGUGUCUGCUGCAAUACUGAUAGUGUCUUCUGCUACACUGACUGUGUCUGCUGCUACACUUACAUGUGUCUGCUACAAUACUGAUAGUGCCUGCUGCUACACUGAAUGUGUCUGCUGCUACACUUACCUGUGCCUGCUGCUACACUGACUGUGUCUGCAUCUACACUGACUGUGUCUGCUGCUACACUGACUGUGUCUGCAUCUACACUGACUGUGUCUGCUGCUACACUGACUGUGUCCAGUAGGUGUCAGUGUCAGUUACCCUUUUCUUCUACCCACUACCAAGUAAAAGAUGUCUAAUCACUGUUAACAGUGGAGAGCAUGGUCAGUCUGUACAGGGAUGUAGAAUCUGGUUUUAUGGAUCUGUUAUCCAUACAGGGACAUAAGAAUCUGUCCACAUGGAUCAGCCAUGUACGGGGACAGAGUCUGUCCACAUGGAUCAGUUGUGUACAGGGACAUUGAGUCUGUCCACAUGGAUCAGUUGUGUACAGGGACAUUGAGUCUGUCCACAUGGAUCAGCCGUGUACAGGGACAUUGAGUCUGUCCACAUGGAUCAGUUGUGUACAGGGACAUUGAGUCUGUCCACAUGGAUCAACCGUGUACAGGGACAUUGAGUCUGUCCACAUGGAUCAGCCGUGUACAGGGACAUUGAGUCUGUCCACAUGGAUCAGCCGUGUACAGGGAUAGAGUCUGUCCCCAUGGAUCAGCCAUGUACGGGGACAGAGUCUGUCCACAUGGAUCAGCCAUGUACAGGGACAGAGUCUGUCCACAUGGAUCAGCCACGUACGGGGACAGAGUCUGUCCACAUAGAUCAACCGUGUAUCGGGACAUCGAGUCUGUCCACAUGGAUCAGCCAUGUACAGGGAUAGAGUCUGUCCACAUGGAUCAGCCAUGUACGGGGACAGAGUCUGUCCACAUGGAUCAGCCAUGUAUGGGGACAGAGUCUGUCCACAUGGAUCAACCGUGUACAGGGACAUCGAGUCUGUCCACAUGGAUCAGCCAUGUACAGUGACAUCGAGUCUGUCCACAUGGAUCAGCCAUGUACAGUGACAUCGAGUCUGUCCACAUGGAUCAGCCAUGUACAGUGACAUCGAGUCUGUCCACAUGGAUCAGCCAUGUACGGGGACAUUGAGUCUGUCCACAUGGAUCAGCCAUGUACAGUGACAUCGAGUCUGUCCACAUGGAUCAGCCAUGUACAGUGACAUCGAGUCUGUCCACAUGGAUCAGCCAUGUACAGUGACAUCGAGUCUGUCCACAUGGAUCAGCCAUGUACGGGGACAGAGUCUGUCCACAUGGAUCAGCCAUGUACGGGGACAGAGUCUGUCCACAUGGAUCAGCCAUGUACAGGGACAUCGAGUCUGUCCACAUGGAUCAGCCAUGUACAGUGACAUCGAGUCUGUCCACAUGGAUCAGCCAUGUACGGGGACAGAGUCUGUCCACAUGGAUCAGCCAUGUACAGGGACAUCAAGUCUGUCCACAUGGAUCAGCCUUGUACAGGGACAUCGAGUCUGUCCACAUGGAUCAGCCAUGUACAGUGACAUCGAGUCUGUCCACAUGGAUCAGCCUUGUACAGGGACAGAGUCUGUCCACAUGGAUCAGCCAUGUACAGUGACAUUGAGUCUGUCCACAUGGAUCAGCCAUGUACGGGGACAGAGUCUGUCCACAUGGAUCAGCCAUGUACAGGGACAUCAAGUCUGUCCACAUUGAUCAGCCUUGUACAGGGACAUCGAGUCUGUCCAUACGGAUCAACCGUGUACAGGGACAACGAGUCUGUCCACAUGGAUCAGCCUUGUACAGGGACAUUGAGUCUGUCCACAUUGAUCAGCCGUGUACAGGGACAUUGAGUCUGUCCACAUGGAUCAGCCUUAUACAGGGACAGAGUCUGUCCACAUGGAUCAGCCUUGUACAGGGACAGAGUCUGUCCACAUGGAACAGCCUUGUACAGGGACAGAGUCUGUCCACAUGGAUCAGCCUUGUACAGGGACAUUGAGUCUGUCCACAUGGAUCAGCCUUGUACAGGGACAAAGUCUGUCCACAUGGAUCAGCCUUGUACAGGGACAGAGUCUGUCCACAUGGAUCAGCCUUGUACAGGGACAUUGAGUCUGUCCACAUGGAUCAGCCUUGUACAGGGACAUUGAGUCUGUCCACAUGGAUCAGCCUUGUACAGGGACAGAGUCUGUCCACAUGGAUCAGCCUUGUACAGGGACAUUGAGUCUGUCCACAUUGAUCAGCCUUGUACAGGGACAGAGUCUGUCCACAUGGAUCAGCCUUGUACAGGGACAUUGAGUCUGUCCACAUGGAUCAGCCUUGUACGCGUCAGAAUCUGUCCACAUGGAUCAGCCGUGUACAGAGACAUUGAGUCUGCCCACAUGGAUCAGUUAAGAGUCAGUUGAUGGCCUGAUGUAUGCAUCCUGAAUAGGGUGAAUCCUGGCUGUAGAAGUGAUAACUAAUUCUUGAUAAAGUCCCAGCCACUCUGUUACAUAUUAGAAAGACAUGUUCCUUACUACAGUGUUCCAUCUAUCUAAUGGUAAAAGUAGUAGCACCAGGAAAUGUCACUAGUCCUUCCUGAAUGUUACCAGUGUCGGACUAGCAGACCUAUGUUAGUUUCAGACCUGAAUGUUACCAGUGUCGGACUAGCAGACUUAUGUUAGUUUCAGACCCUGUUCCAAGCUACAUGUUGAAAGGAGUUGUUAUCAGUCUAGGUUUGACAAAUGUCUUGUACAGUGAUGUAUGUAUUCCCCCUACAUUGGCCAUUAUGCUGCUCAAAAUGUAUUGUGUUCUAAUGAUUUUGUUCUGUUAGUUUUUCGGUUCCAGUGGUGACGGUAUUAUUUGUGUUGCCGAGUGACAGGAUGAUGGCAAUGUUUAAGUUUUCCCCUUUGUCCGGUGCUCAUCUUCCCAAUAACACUGCAUAAACUGUUAUAUAACCUGCAGUUUCUGCCUGACCUUCUCUGUGAUUUGUCUGUGUUACAAUGGUUACUUAUUUAUUGUAGUGUAUAAACAUAGUUUAACAUUACUAAUACUUACUUAGUUUAUUUGUGUGUUAUGUAUUCGUUUGAGAUGAGUUAUUAUGUUUGAAUAAUGUUUUUGUUGUUUAUGAUUAUUGUGUUUAUUAAGGCAUAGAAAACAAUGUUGUUGUUCAGAGUGAGUUGGGUUUAAGGCUCCUUUGAACAGUAUUCCAGUUAUAUCACAGCGUGACAGCUUAAAUUUGGAGGAAAGCCCGAAGUGAUUCAGGUCUCAGAUGUUUACCACUUUGGUGAAACCCACGAGCACAGGUAUGGUGUUGGCAAACCCAAAAACACAAUCGGGCGAACCAGGAUUGAAACCCACAAUCAUAGGUUUCUGGCGUGCCCAGCGAAUUGUGGAGCCUUAGACAACUGGGCCACCCAUGCCCCCUUUUGUUCAGAACCGGACUCUAGUGUAUUGGUUGUGUACUUACGACCUAAUCUUUCAACUAUGAAUAAUGAUCAGCUUCAGUGUUAAAAGCAAAAUCUGCCAAUAAACCCAAGACAAUGACAGCAGAUUUGGCCCAAUGGUCUAACUUAGCGUACAGAAUCACCCAGACCUUUUGAUGUUGGUUUGAAUCCCUGAAGUACCCUCUUCAUCCACCUUGCCUGGAAGCAUCUUACCCAUGAGUGUGGGGUCACCCAGUUGGUAAACAUCACUGACCUGCAGCAUGACUGAAAUAUUCUUAAACUAUACGGUCCACAAGUCCUAUGACUUUGAGCCACAACAUUCUGUUUUCAUGCCUUUCUCAAUGAAUUAUGGGUAGUCAGAAUGAUGUACAUGUCUUUUAUUAUGAUGUGUUUUUAUGUAACUAAUGGCUCGUAGCUGAAACAGCCAUUGACCGAAACCCUUGACUUAAGAUGAACAAUGUUAGCAUAAAUAUAUUUGUUAUGGUGCUUUGAUACCCCAAAUAUUCCAGUUUUAGAGAAAUAUCUACAUUUAUCAUUGUUCAGUUGCAGUGGCACAGAUAUUUUAAUUUUUGUCAGGUGAAUAUUUUGAAAGACUUUCCAGUCAAUGUCUUAUUUCCCUUGAAUAAGACAACAUUUUUAGCUAUAAUUCCUAUACCUUUGAGAUAACAGAACCUUUAUUUACCUGGUAGAUCAUGGUAUUUAGCCAUGCUACAUGCAUUAAUCUUCAGUGUACGUUAGAGGCAAGGGCAAAUACUUGUAUAUAAAUAUGUUCAUUUUCUUGGUACACAACCAAGUGCUCCACAACUAAGGCCUGUUUUGUUUUUUAAGUCACUUGGUUUAUGGACUCACUUACCCUAAGGUUCACAAGUGUGGACUACAGUUUGUAAACAAAUCUUUUUUCCCCACUGAGUUUCAUAAUCAGUUUCAGUCUUGAAGAAUCAGAUUAACAAAGGUAGCAAAGUAGACCUGUGACAUAUAUUUUUCACCCUCCCUUCAAUGUCUUUAGGAGUUUCUUUUUCUUUUUCUUUCAACCAUCGACCCUGUGGUUUGGGAAAAACAUAUGUUAGCCAAGUGAUGAAGAAAGAAGAAAGGAUGCAGGUGAUUGAUAUUUCCUACACAAACGUAACCUAAAUUACAGUACUAUACAUGUCUCAGUGAGCCGCCCCCCUAGAUGAAGCCGUUUGCUGACUGGCCCCUCUGUCUACAUGCAUUCCGUGUGGUACUAGGUAGGCUAGCACUGAAACAGUGGGUUUUCUCAGUAUGCAACACAAACAUAUGCACUAUUCCCGGGACCUACACGGAGACUGUGUGAUGCAUGAAUGAGGCUUGCAGCUGCGUGUGGAAUAACUGGGUGCAUCUUCUGGUUGUGACUUCUAAUGUCAUGUUUCUUUUGACUGGUCACAUGAUUGUUGACAUGUGACUUGUCAUGUGGUCUGCACUUUCAUGUGAUUCUUUAUAUGUUACUUGUCAUGUCAUUUUUGUUUGUCAUGUGAUCAUUAAUCCUUGAUUGUCAUUACAGCUAUAUAAAAGAUGCUCUGAUUGCUGUCAUGUGACAAUCACCUAUAUUUCAAGAUGGCUUCCAGGGCAGCCAUAGUGAUUCUUGAUUCUUUGGUCACUAAGUCAUCAAGGGUAAGAAACGUCUUAUAUAGAAGAAAGACACUUCCUCCAACUCAUCCUCCUGAGGCAAGGGAGUUAACUGACUAUAAAAGUCCAGUUUCCACCUUUGCCAAACUAAGCUGGAAUUAUGGAGUUACAUGUUGGCUAGACUAACGAGUCUAUGCAUAGUCCAAUCAAAAUCGCGUAACGAAACUGACAUCCGGUUAAUAAACUGCCAUACAGAUUUCGGUCGAUUGCAGGAUGUUCUGUCAACUUAGGGUCAACAGAUAUUUUCCAAAUCUUUUCAUGUUUUUAAUCAAGGUGCUCAUGUGAUUUGAUGCUAGGUAAGACCCAUUUAUUACAAUAUAGUUCUUGAUUAUCGAUCAGAUCGCCUUCAAUGGGUGCCACCAUUUUGUUUUGAAGCAAAUGCAAGUGAAAUGAGAGGUGCAAUUGGAUUGUCAAUAGAAGGGACAUAACUCGUAAUAACCUCUGGCGGUGCUACGGUCGAGUCUGAAAAUUCCAGCCUAGUUGAAAAUUGGACUAUUACAGUCAGUUAACUCCCUUGCCUCGGGAAGAUGCCUCUAAGUAGCACACAGAGAAGCUUUCCGCCACAUGUCCUGUGUUAAUCACUCCUCGUUUUUCCACCAUUUGGAGUUUGGUUGUGGUGUGGUCAGCAUUACCUUUCUGUGUGUAUUUACAGUUAUCCAAGGUGUGAAUCACAUAACUAGUUUGGCCAUUUAUUACUGAAUAUUUGUGUUGUGAUCUCAAACCAUUUAUAAAGGAAAUACAAAUAUGUCAAAGAUCUCUCGUAAAGUAACAAUCGUGAAUUUUCAUUAACUAAACCAAAAUAACUAAAAUUUCACAGAACUAACAAUUAAUAUUUAAACAUUAUAGCCAUUAUGUUUGUUAAGAGUCAUCAUUAUUGUCAUGGCGAUCAUGUAUCAUUCAUUCUUUCAUGAAUAUAUAUAUGUAUGUUAAUACAUAGGCGAUGGAAUGAAGGUAAAGACAGCAUUGCCCAUUACAAGUUCAUUGCGUUUGACUGAGCAUAGUACUUCACUGUUAUUAGUGCACAUAGAACCUGCUAAUUUACAGUGUGCAAAUAAAUUGUUUGGUUAAAUCAACUCCUGGGCCUGGACAAAGCUACAGUGGUCCUAAUGCUAAGAUGGUGUUGUGGAAAUAGGGACUAAGAACUACUUUACCAUUCUUCCCGGUGAGUCCAAGUCAGGUUUUUCAUAUUUAUUUUUUUUAUCUGAUGUUUUUCUUUUUUUAUUAGUCGUAUUGAAGUCCAGUUCAAAUUGAUACCUUCUUCUCUAGGCGACACCCAAAGGGCUUGUGUAUGAUCCCUUUUUCAAGAUGGUGGGUUGAGAAGCACAUGUAUCUGAGUGUAUAUAAACGCAUGUGCUGUGUGACUGUUGUCUGUCUGGGAGGGGACAAGGAGAUGUUGUUGUUCAUUCACUGUUGUCAUGCAUGAUUCACAUCUCACAAUAAGUAUUAUUUAUCACUGACCAUGUUCAUGUUGCUAUUACCUGAGAAUGAUUGUAAACUACUUACUUCAUAGGUGGAAUCAGAUAAAAACAAUUUCAAAGAAAACUUAACAUUUCUUCAAGAUACUGACAAUGUUGAAGUGGUGUUUGGCAAUAGUCUGGCUGAAUACAAGAUUAAGUCUCUGAUAUCACUGUGAGUUCAUCUACAUCUUGGACUUCAAAUGUUUUUCAUGUAUCAGUUAUUUUGUGGAUCAUGAAUGAGAGAGAACAAAAGAUUAGUGGUGAUAUGUUCGGUUCUGAAUAAUGUUGCAUGUUCUACCAAAUCAUCAUCUGUUAAUACAUGUUGUUACUGAGUUAUGUAUAUAUCUUGUACAUAUAUGCUAAUUUUGAGCUGAGUUGUGCAUAAUUACAUUCUGUUGCUGACCUUGUGCUUGACAUUGAUAUUGUUUGGGGAAAGGGGGAUAACUGUUUGCAGUGGUUUUAAGGUGGGGAUAACUCUUGUACUUCCUGCUAUUCAUGAAGUGGUUAUGUUUGCCUCGUGAGUCUUGAGCUACUGACUGACAGGCCUUCUCACACUUCCAUCACAACCACAACAAACCCGUUCCCUGUCCUUUUGUCUGGUCAACAUCAUGUACAUUAUCGGUCUAUUAAAUCUGAUCUAACUUUCUUAAAUUUGAGUAAAAGGGAUGAAGUACAAUUUUAUCCACAUAUAUUUUUAAGUUCCAGCUUUGUUUGGAACAGUGAAAGGUUUAAAUAAUUUGUCCCACUGUAUGGCAUUAUGAGGGCCUGUCAAUUGUCUGCCUUCUCAUUGUCCUGAACAAUGGUAAUCUUAAUAGAUGGAAACAUUUCCGUGGCAGUGAAUUAUUUAUUUAAUAUCGAUAUUAAUAUAUUUGAUAAUCACAAUAUACAACGACAUCCCUAGUCAACACCUCUCUUGCAAUCAAUAUCUGUUAAAGUGAUCAUGCCGGUAACCAAGGAAACACAAGCACUUUUGUUUGGAGGCAUCAUUUUUUGUUCUUGUGGUUUCCCUUGUGAUCAUCGUUUGAAAGCCUCUUUGACCACGAGCUGUAUGGCCAGACUGUGUACAUCAGUGUUUCCAUAUUAAGCAUGGAAUUUAGGGCAUAAAUGACCCCAAUGUUAAAUAUUUGACAUUUAGGGGCUGUUGGAUUCAAGUGCACCAAGGGCUUCUCAGCUUCUUACACUGUGUAUGUUAGCAGGCUUUUUUGUGGAAUGAUUAAGGAAUUAACAGCCUGAGAGAGAGAACACCACCAAAACAAGUUGAUUCCAAAGAACAUGAAAUGAGUUUAUUGUGGUCUGUGCUGAUCAUGUUGGAGGACUUUCUCAGCAGUGUCCUUGUAUGUAAACAUAUCAAAAUGAAGGCCUCUAUGACAUUGUUCAAGCCAUGGCCAUUUCUAGUUGGAGUUAUUUUGACAAAAUAGGGCUUGGUGUAUGAGACAAGUGAUGUUGGUUACAGGACUUUAUUAAUGCCCUAUAUAGAGCUUCUCUUUAGGGUCUAAUGUUACACUUACAUCAUCAAGAUACAACAAAUACUUAUAGAUAAUGACCUACUGCUAUAUAUUUUAUGAGUCAUUUAAUAGCAUUACUGAUGGUAGAGUCAUUGUUCUGAUUUGACGUGUCUGUAUGUCAUGUGGCUCUCGGCAACUCCUGCUGCUGUGGUACACCAACAGGGGGGUCAGAUGUUGUCAUGGAGAUGCUCUGCUACUCCUGCUGCCCUGGUACACCAAACAGGGGUCAGAUGUUGUCAUGGAGAUGCUCUGCUACUCCUGCUGCUGUGGUACACCAACACAGGGGUCAGAUGUUGUCAUGGAGAUGCUCUGCUACUCCUGCUGCUCUGGUACACCAAACAGGGGUCAGAUGUUGUCAUGGAGAUGCUCUGCUACUCCUGCUGCUGUGGUACGCCAACACGGGGGUCAGAUGUUGUCAUGGAGAUGCUCUGCUACUCCUGCUGCUCUGGUACACCAACACAGGGGUCAGAUGUUGUCAUGGAGAUGCUCUGCUACUCCUGCUGCUGUGGUACACCAACACAGGGGUCAGAAGUUGCCAUGAAGAUGCUCUGCUUCUCCUGCUGCUGUGGUACACCAACAAGGGGGUCAGAUGUUGUCAUGGAGAUGCUCUGCUACUCCUGUUGCUGUGGUACACCAACACAGGGGUCAGAUGUUGUCAUGGAGAUGCUCUGCUACUCCUGCUGUGGUACACCAAACAGGGGUCAGAUGUUGUCAUGGAGAUGCUCUGCUACUCCUGCUGCUGUGUUACACCAACACGGGGGUCAGAUGAUGUUAUGUCUGUACUCCCUGAGUGUCAGGGCACGUUGUUAUGAAUUGGAAUGCCAGCACAUACUAUAUGAGUACAAGAGAUUUAAUAAAGCUGCUUUCUAAGAAAA